AAAAACCCAUGACACCUAUCCAUUGUAUUUACCACAAGGCAAACAAGGCAUUUGCCUAUGGCGGCAUUUUUCAUGGGGGCCGCACUGCCCCCCCCAGAAGAAAGGACAGAAGAAGGGACACAUGUGGUAAGGGGACCAGGUGGGAUCUGACAGAGGCUGCGGGCUGCUUGAUGGUGUAUGCAGAGCCCGAUUCUAGUUCCCAGGGAUGUCCAGAGCUGUGAAAGUGAGUGUAUUUCUCCCUCUCUCGCCAGGAGGGGAUGUGUGUGGGGGGCAGGGGUGUUGUUGGUCAAUGUCAGGCUGUCUCCCCGGGGGGG